CCGCCCCCGCCGCCCCCGCCUCCCGCGCGGCGCAGGCGUGCUCGGCAGCGGCCGCCCUGCCCUCGGCGCCGGUGCCCGCGUAGCGCGGGGCUGCACAGCCGCCUCGGCCGCCGAGCGCAGGAGCCAUGUAACCGCAGAACUGAGGACGUCUGAGUCAGCCGCGACCAUCCUGCUGAAUCACUAGAACAGUCCCCAAAUGCUCCUCGGGGAUGGCUGUGCACACCAGAUCCAGCAUCUGCUUUCAAUCAGUGAGAUCGCUCGUGUGUUUCAAAAGCAGACUCUGGUGCGCUGGGGAGCAAGGAUGGAACCAACAUUACAGAAAGAAUGACCGAAGCGCCGCGGCUGCAAGCAUGUGCUGCUGUUGUUGUGGAGUCUGCUCCAGCUCCUACCCAAGGGCCCACCAGUGCUGGGGCUGCAGGGCCGCCUCCUGCUACCAGCGCGUCAAGUAACAAACGGCUGCAGCAGACGCAAGCCCGGGUGGAUGAGGUGGUAGACAUCAUCAGAAUGAACGUGGACAAGGUACUAGAGAGAGACAAGAGGCUGUCUGAGCUUGACAACCGGGCAGAUGCAUUGCAAGCAGGUGCCUCACAGUUUGAAACCAGUGCAGCCAAACUGAAGAGAAAAUACUGGUGGAAAAAUUUCAAGAUGAUGAUCAUCCUUGGUGUAGUAUGCGCAGUCAUUCUCAUUAUAAUUAUAAUUUAUUUCUCCACUUGAAAAAGCGAAGAGGGAAGACCUGGCACGACUUUGUUCUUAUCAACCAACGAUAUCAGUGUUCCUUUGUUGAACUCCGCUUUUUAAUUCCUGGUGUCUUGGGAUUUUUGCUUGUAAUAACCCAUAAGCAUUCGGUGUGGUGUGCUUUUUGUUUCCACAAGCAGCUGUACCAGCUAAAUACUGCCAAGUAGUUCCAUACACUGUCUUAUCACUGUGUCUUAAAAUGUGUCUGCACUGACCUUCAGAAACUAGUGUAUGAAAAGCAUCCUAAACGUUUCGGGAUCAGAGAGCGCAGUUAUGGGGAAGCUCCUGCUUAAAGGGACUCUGUCAGGUGGAUGGGACACAAAAUAGCAAACAUUAGGGUCCAAAUUCUCAAUGUGAGCACCUAAAGUUAGAUGGCAAAAUCCACUAUCAGAUGGAAUUUUUUUGAGGUAGUGCAUCCCUGCUACUCCCAUUGAAGACAGUGGUACCUGCAAGUAUUUAUAGAGUGUGUAAAACAUCUAAUUUCGCUUACCACUCAAAAACUGUUUUUGAGAUUAGUUGUAGUGUUCUAGUCUAAAAUCAUUGCCUGCAGAAAAGAAAUAGGACUGUGUUUUUAUGAAUUAAAAUUUCCCUUGUGGAGUAUUCUGUACAACCAGGACGGCCUCAGAAUGAAAGCCAGAAAGCAAGCUGUGUGACAACCAAGAAAGCACUGGCUAGCACAGUUCUGAAAAAGCCAAGUAAAAUGCAAAAAUGGUAACACAAGCACCACAGAUGACCAAGAUACAGACUCUUGCUAAUAACUCAAGGCAGUGUUCAUCAGAUUUCAUGGGCCUCUCUCGAACCCCAGUCCCCAGUGCUGAUGGCCCUGACUUAAAGCACAUGAACGGCUUCAAUGAUGGCUGUGGCUUCCCAGUACGAUUGUAGGAGGCUGCCUCUCUGCCUUUUGCAGAAAUGGUGCCCACUGUGAGGACCGUUUAGAAAUUGGGAAGUGGAGGGGGUGGGUAAGUAGAGAAAAGAGUGGAGAGACACCGAGGAAAGGUGCCUAGCAAAGGUUUUGUGGAGCAGAGAAAGGCAGAGAAGCACUGCUCCAAAGCAAUGGUGUUUAAAAACACAGCUUUUAAAAAAUUUAUUUUAAAUGUGUGUGUGAGACAUAAACUAUAGUGUCUUCUUUAUAAAGUGCUCAGUUAAGAUAUUUUUCAUACUUAGAGUUAGUUUAAUAGCAUUUGAUGUAGUUAGGAAAAAAGAUGUAUUGCAUUUUAAAAUAAAAGUUCUUGCAUUUUAUUAUUGUAGGGUUGCUCCCAAAUGUUUUUUCUUUUCUAAACACUGAAUAGCUUGUUUUGAGGAGGAUGGGGAUACUAUCUAUAGAAGUUUAUACCAUGUUUGAUCAUAGUUAACCUAAACAAAAAUGAAUUAUCAAAUUUUGAGCCAGGCAGUCCUGACAGGCAUCUUUUGAGGAUGCCUUCUUCAGGAUUUCUAAGAACAAUUACUAGAAUAAAAACCAGAAAUAAAUUUGGUUUGUUUUUUGUCUGAAAUUUAGUUAGAAGAUAGAAAUGGUGAUAAUACAACUGUAAAUAAUCCCAGUGUAGAGCAUCUCUCUUGACAUGGUCUUAGAUUAAAAAAAACAGAACCAGACCAAUCUAUUGCAGUGAAUGUAUACACAAAUUGCGCUUAAGUAGAAUUUUGCAGAGAGAAUAAGUGACGAUUGGUUGAAGGGUUCCAGUCGCAUUAGGAUUUUUUCUAUAUAUUUAUUGCUUUGUUUUCACAUGUGCUGUUUCCUAUCGUUAAGUAGCAGGUGCCCACAGUCUUCAUGAAAUAGAAAUGUCACUUUCAAAAUUACUAAUGUGCUACUGGACUUCCUGAGUCCUUACUAGACUGUAAGGGUGCAGAAUUAGGUCCUCCUAGUUCACCUAUCUCAAGCAGGUUAAUAAUCAAAAUGGGAGCUUUAGGGGAGAGUGUGUAGUCAUUCUCCUUCAAAACUAACUAAUGUGGAUGGCUGCUAGAUGUUGGUAAGAAUUUGCAAGGAAGAGUUUAAUCAAGAAACAUAGCCUCUAGUGGCUUGCAAAAUGUUUGGUAAGAGACAAGUUCCUCCUGUGUGCUCAUGAAAUAUGCUAAAUGCAUGUGUUUAACUCUUCAGGUUUGUUGCAUAUAGUGGGCUUGUGAAUAUGCAACAUUUACUAAUUGGGCUGUGCUGGUUAGUGGCAGUUGGUAAGAUGAGCCACGUACCAUUUCUACUCCAGCCUUGGAAGAGUGAUCAAGUGUGCCCUUACCUGCCGUACAGACCCGGAGUCUUACCGCUCCUGCAGAGGGUUAAUUCUCCUGCAAGGAGAAUAUGGUGAUACAGGACUGUUCAGGGUCAUAGACCGUGCAACAUCAUCACGUAUAUGUAGAGUGGUGCAGAGGACGAUCUGUAUAAACACAGCUGGAGAUCUUACCUGUGUUGAAGCCAGAAUUGAUUUUCUUUCCAUUCACUGCCUCUACAUUUGCAAUGUCUAUGCAUAAUUAAAGCUGCCUGCUUGUAGCAGUAAAUUUCACAUAUUAAUGUCAACUCAUUCUCCUUUAGUUAGCUAGCACUGGGUCAAAUUUCAGGUACUGGGUAGAAUUUCAACUACUGCUCCUCAUCGCUAGCUGUACUGCCUUGGUUUGGACUGGUAGAAGGGCACAGAAGGGCUUCCCUUUCAUCCCCACCCCAGCAAACCCUCAGGGGAGGCAACGCUGCAAGGCUGAUUGCGUUAUCAUUGCCGUCUUGAGGACUGAACUGAAGACGCCGCUGGCUGGAAGCAAGGAUUUCUCUAGCUUCAGCCAGAGAUGAACAUUGUAUGACACUUGUGUAUGCUGUCCUUAUAGGAAGCACUGACUUUCACCCUGAUUUCUGGGCUACAGCUGUACAACAGAUGGCCAGCUAGGAUGGUAGCAUGAUACAUCAUUCAGAAACAGCAUAGCUGGUGUAGGAUAGUUAGGAGAUGGUCUAAAGGAUUGGAGCUGCUCUGUGCUUCUUCCGUGGGUGCUGCUGGGCUUGCCAGCGAGUGCAUUUCAGCUUCUGAGGUUGACGUAGUCUUAUCUGCUUCCAUUAUCCACAGGCACAGCAUGAGGUCCUGCUUGGGCGUUACACCUUCUUUCUUCUAAUUUAGCUGACCUUACAAUAAUAUAACUCUGGCUCUAAAACUAAGUGUCUGGUACAUAGAACAUAUAGGAGCAAGUACUGUGGAAACAGGAACAGCCGAGACCUGAUUUUCACUUGACAACGUUAAGGAACAGCACAGUCCAACAUAGUCCAACACAAUACAGUAUUAUUAGAAGGAACAGGGGAGAAUCUGAUAAAGAUUUUGAUGUAAUCUAGGGUCCGUACAACAAAGAGUGAUUUAGAAAUGCAGUUGGUUUGAUUUUUAAAGCUGGCACUUUAAUUCCAUUGGAACAUGAGUGAGGUUAACCCUGGAAUAUUUCAGCAAGUAAAAUGCUUGGCUUUUUCUUUUUUAUAAUGAUCUGUUAAAUGAUUUAAACACCCACAAUGGUGGAAGAAUAGCACAAUAACUACUAUGUAAGGAAUGAACUAGAACAGCCACAAUCGGCAAUGCUUUUGUCUUGGCAGCAAGACCUUUUGAAAUCCUUCUGUUACUUUGUCUCAUUUGUGGCUCUGCUUCUCUGACAUGGCUUCACAUAACUUUAGUAAACCAUCUAGCUACUUCUUCUUUGAAUAUGAUGAGUUUUAGCUCUUAAGAGCAAGAUCAUGGCUUGACACCUUCGUUAGAGCAUACGUGUGAAAUGGUGAUAUCUGUUUCUCAGAACUGCGUCUACCACGGCAGGCUGAAACUUUGAAAACUUUUUGGAAGCUCCCAUGUCCGAUGUUAGUGAACUCUUCUUCAUGCUUCUGUAGAGUGAAUUGUUCUCUGUCCUGUGGGAGGUUAUCCACCCAGUGAGACCAUAACCUAUCUCCUGUUGUAAGGCAGUGCCUCUCUUGCACAUGUUAGUGCUAGACCUUCACCAAGUGGAGAGCCCUUGGUGGGAUCCAGGAUUUAGAUCUCAGCCACCCUUUUCCUGCCCUUUAAAAGGUGGAGAGGGCUAAACCAAUAGCCGUAUAAGGUACUGGGAGUGCUCCCAAUGUACAUACUGAGUUCUGAACUGGCCUCAAAGAGACCAAAGUCUUUUUGGUCUGGAUUCAUGUCCUUACCUGAACUUUAGGACCUUUAUAGACCUUAACCUUUGGGCUCCCUGUAUAGUCAGAAGAGUGAGAUGCUCUUCCGGCUGGUGAUCCUCCCCAUCUCAUUUAGGUCCUGCUUGUUACGUGGGACAUACCUGAGCAUUUGUUCCUUCAUGCAAGACAAAGCACAAGCAACCUCAAAUUACUUCCUUUAAAAGCAAAAUCAAAACAGGCUGAAGAACGUAGUUUGAGAAAAGUUAAUUGUAUCUAGAGAAAUGAUUGGCUCAAGAUUUCUCAGAUUGUGACAUUAUUAUUUUCAGCAGAGAUGCUAGAUUAGGCUAUAUAAAAAAUCAGAAGAACUUCAAUUGCUCUUUCUUCCUCCUGCUCUCCUGCAGAAAUGCUUCUUUGUUCCACUUCAAGAAAGGAUUUUGGUUUACUCUUUAACUAAUUUCCCUUCCUUAUUUCUUUAACGUAUGUCUCCAUUGAUGUGCUCAAUCAUUUUUCCUCAAUUGAGAACCAGAAGACUGCCUACCUUUAAACACAUGCAUAAAAAAGAGAUCUAAGCCACCCAAGGAGCUUACCUUUCUUCCUGAUGCACUGACAUUUAAAAGCUACAUUUUUACAAUAGAGCAGGAAAACGGUGGCAGUCCGAUUACAUGCAGUUUUGCUGGAGUAAACACUUGAUUAUUCAACAAUGAGUCAUUUCUGCAGUAACCUCAUUCUGUCAUGGCUGUAUCACAUCUGCUAAUUCUCCAAAGCAAAAAUCAUAACCUGCACUGAUUUAAACCGUGAAUAUAGCCUCGUGGUUCAUACGUAAUAGUCUAUUCAACCAAGGAAGCUGUGUGCUUUAAGUUUAAAAGGGCAAAGCACUUCUUCUCAAAGAGAAAAUACCACAGAGAAUAAAAUUAAUUAUGAAAAAGCCUGUACAUUCUUUAGCUCUUCUCACAGUAGCUGGCUUCUCCAUUAGUCUUCAAGUCCCUCUUCAUUCCCUCCGAAAGCCUUCGUGUUUUUGGAGUGCAGUGUAUCUGGAGCAUAGCAGACGGGGGCUAGGGUCGUCCUGCUGCCCUCUGGAUUGACUCCCUGCCUUCUGCGAUGCUGUUACUGACCUCCAUCGGAGCUGAGGUAGGCCUGCCUGGAGCAGGACCUUCUCCCCAUAAUGCUCUGCUGUCUUCAAACCAGUCUCUGCUGAUGACAGGGAGAACGCUGAAGGCAGGCUAUGGUUCCUGGAUUUUAAUUCAGUUCAAAACGAUGUGAGGCAGCAGAAAGCUUCUGACUACUUGACAGCUGGCAUUUUUGCAACUACUGGAACAUUUUUACUUGUAACACUGCAGUUUUAAUUUAUUUAGCAUUUUUUUGUAACAGCAGUUUCAUCAGCAUUGAUGGAAAGGAGAGGAAACGGCAAAUAAGGAUAGUGUGAUAAUGGUAGUUUGAGUACAAUAGAGCAAACAUUCAGUAACUGCCUCUUUGUAAGCGGCUAUACCUAAGAGCACCUUUCAUAUGUUAAAACUAAGUGCUGCUAGUCUAUUGAACUGCAUAUACACUACUACUUAAAAUGAGCUUAGGACAAGUGGUAGUUGAAUUUACCCCCUUUCACUUUUCUCUUGAAAAUAUAGAGACAUAAUAUAUGCAGCGAAGAUUUUUUAUUUUUUGCACAGAGAGCCAUUUGGGGUAUAUCAUCCAAAGGCAUGUUCUUGUGUGAUGCAGAAGUGCUUGAGAACUUCAGUCAAAUAUGGGCUCCAGAGUGCUGGGUGCUGUGAAGAUGCAUACUGAAUGCCCACUAACUUUUUUGUUGUAUGUGACUUUGGUCUGCCAGUAAUGAAAUUUUCUUGAACAAACAUGAUUUUUUUGUUCACCCUCACUCUGUUCUAAUAUCUGUGUUUUUCCAUUAAUAGAUAGUCUAAUGAGAGGAUGGAAAAGCAGUAUGUUGAACCCAUUACAUUCCUGAUGUGCAUGUGUGAAUAUGUGGUGGUAGUUUGAACUUUUCUGAUGAAAAGAUCUUAAAAAAUUAAGACCUCUUAAUAUUUUAACCUAGCCUUUGAAAUUAGUUUCCUCUCCUAAUAAACCACAGAUUUGUUUAAAAUCAGAGCAAAUAAUAGUAGAUGCUGUUGCUCUCCUUGUAAGACCAAUGUAUGAGAUAUUGCAUAUAAUGCAGCCAUGAAUUUAUAGAUUCACACCACAUCAUGGUUUUCGGAAGUUCAGCUAUUAAUAUUUAUAUUAUUGACCUGAAAGGAUGCAGCAAUUUUUUCACCAGUCAUGGUAGUGCUGGCUGGACUUGAAUAUUUAGUGGUCAGUGAGUGGGUCUACCAUGCUCCUAGCAAGCUAGAAUGUGCUAAAUAAUAAAGUUCAGCCUUUCAGGAAUUCAAAGAAAAAAAAAAAAGGAAUUCCGAAUCAAAGUAGAAAUGUAUGGCAAGGAUAAUGGGUGUACUUUUUAACUGUUAUUUCUUCAAAUAUUAUUUAACUAUUAUUUAAGCAAUUAGCAGCUAUACAAAUAGCCAAAUAAUUAGCUUCCAAAGACUGUGCAUUCAUGACAGAAUAUUUUUUCUUACUAGAACUGCUAAGUCCAAGAUGUGUUCUAUUUGCUUUUUCCCCAUAUUGGAAAGAAAAUAAAAUGCUAAUUCAGCUGAGACGCACUCAUGGGUCUGCACAAUAAAAUGUUAAUGAUAGCCCACUAUUUGUCUUGAAAAAUAUCAUUACUUUGUCUUCUAAAUGAGAAGUCCUCCCUCCGCCCGACCACAUACGUGGUAAAAUAUUAGUCACAUUAUGCGUAUCAGAAUCACUGAGAGAUUAGAAAUUAAUACCUCCUACUCAAGAGUGAGGCUUGAAAACAUCCUUUGUCUGUGGCAAAAAUAUAUUUUGAGGGGGAAACAUCACCUGCUGUAGAGGUUAAUUUUUUUUCAAAAACUCCUUUUUUCCUCUCCCUUCCGAAAAGAAGUGCGUGUAUGCAUAGAUAGACAUUUUGCUGUUUGCGUGUGAAGCACAGGUGAAGUGCUUCAGAAAGGAUCUGCUGUGAGCAACCCUUAUUUAGUAUGCAGCAUAAAAAGUUCUCUUAGUGGCAAUAUAUAGACUCUUAUUCUAAACCUGUUUUAGUCAUUUCAGGAAAUGAUGCUAUUGCACCUUGUUCAGCGAGAAAGAGAGUUUGUAGCCAGAUAAACGGUAUUUUCCUCUGACUUACACUUGAGUUUUAAUGCAGAAAAGCAGCUUUGGGAGGUGCUACGUGAUUCAUCACUGUAGACUUAAUGGGGAUGGAUGGGUGAGUAUUUCACACUCUCUAGCCUGGAGUGAAGCGCAAAGCAUGCCCUGUUCUGGAAGCUACUUCAACAUGUGCUUAAGCAUACACGGAAUUUCCAUUCUCUGGUGUAAGAGGUUUAAGGAGGGAAGGAGAAGGGAAGAAGUGCAUAGCUGAGUAUCUUUGACAGCACUUGGUGAGAUGGGAGGGCAUAGUGCAUCAGCCAGUGCUAAUGGGGAGAGACAAGGGAAUACCUUAUUUGCACUUACUAAAUCCAGUCCUGACAGGGAAUCUGUGACAUGUUCUGAUACAGGAGAGGAAAAUUUUUUCCUUUGAAUCAUAUCAAAAUUAGGUUGGAAAGGACCUCUGGGGGUCAUCUAGUCCAAUUUCCUGCUCAAAGCAGGGCCAGCUUUCACGUUAGAUCAGGUUGCUCAGGGUUUUGUCUUGUUGAGCUUUGAAAGUCUCCAAGGAUGGUGAUUGCACAAACUCUAGGUAAAAAAUAAAGUUCAGCUUUUCAGGAAUUCAAAGGAAAAAAAGAAGGAUUCUGAAUCAAAGUAAAAAUGUAUGGCAAGGAUGAUGAGUGUACAUUUUAAUUGUUAUUUCACGUCACGGUGAAGAAUUUUUUCCCUACAUUAAACUGGAAUUUCCCUUGUUGCAGUUUGUGACAUUUGCUUUCUGUCCUUUCCCCGUGCAUUUCAAGGAGGAGUCUGGCUUUGUUUUCUCUAUACCCCGCUGCUUUAGCUGUUGGAAGACCCUCCUAGCCUUCUCCCCUUAGCCUUCUCUUCUCCUGCUGAACAACCCCCUCAGCCUCUCUUCACACGUCUGGUGCUCCAGCCCCCAAACACCUUAGUGGCCCUUUUCUGGGCCCUCUCCAGUUUACUGACACCUCUCUUGUACGGGGGGACCCAAAAUCUGCACAUGGUGUUCCAGAUGCUCACUUAUUCCAGUAUACUGGCAGAUUUAACAGAGUAUUUUGCUUGCUGAUUUCUAAAGGCCAGGGCUCUAUGUGGAUACUAGAAACUUGCUUCAAGUGCAAAGGACUGCUUUGAGCUCACAAUUGCUGAAAUUCAGCCAGGCUAGUGCAGGGAGUUUUUAAUCUCCUUCCUCACCAUUUUUUCCAAGGACUUUACAGCAGAAUCACAUGACAUGUUGAAAUGAAAGUCUCUUCCCUUCUGGAAGCUAAAGAGAAAUAAAUAGGCUUGGCACUUUAGAAGUAAUGGAGUAGGUGCCUGCCAGCCCACUACCUUGGCAAAUAUUUUCAUUUUCAGGAAAACUGACAUAUUGAACAUGACAUAAUAGUGGAGAGGCAAAUUCCCCACACUGCUAAUGCUCCUGCUCAGUAGUAAUUUGCUGGAUUUCUGUAUUUCUGCUGGAGGAUCUGUAAACUAGUUAGAGUUGUAAAAGCAGAAGUAGCUUCAGCUGGACUGUUUGACAUUCAGAAAUCCUGGACAUUGUUCAUGAGUGUGUCCAUCAGUCCUCAUGUACCAAACUCACUGCAGAGAGUGGAUCUGCAUGCACGCAACAUGCCCUGUGCAUUCGAUGGAUACUAUGAGCAACUCGGCCGCAGAUUGGGUGCAGGGGAGCAGACUGCAAAUUCUGCAAGCCAGUGCAAAUAUAAGUCGGUACAAAUACAGGUUUCCACUCAUGAAUUUCUUUUGUACUCAGACAGUACACUACUCCUGCUGCCAAUAUUACGAAAAACUGAUGUUCACUUGAAGAUCUAGGUUGAAAAUACUGCUUGCCUGGGUUAGACAGCAGAGUAUAUUGGAUGUAUUCUGUGUCCCACCAAGGUUGGUAAAAGUUCAGUGUAUGCCUGCAUAAGCGUAUGUGGUUUAUGUUUCUGCCUUUUUUGUGCUCCAGUCUGAUCAGUGUCAAAUCUAGUGGGAGUAAGUGCAAGCCCCAUUUUUCAAAGAGCUUCCAUGGACAUCUUUUCUUUCUCUCUCAAUUUUGCUGGACUCAGCCAGAUCUGAUCAAGCUGAGGUUACCAGUGCAUUCUCUUCCCUCUGUAUGUGUGAAGCCCACUCCUCUGACACUGGUGCUGAUGACACAGCUAGCAUAGGAUCAGGUUCAGGACAUCUAGUAAAGUCUGAUUCUCUGCUGUUUGAAUGACAAAACCUCCACUGGCUAUAUUACUAUACUGGCACCAAAGAAGAGGGUUCUUUACUGAGAUUGCUGGUUCUCCUCACAAGUCACCUUAGCAAUGCUGCUGGAAUGGCAAUGUGAAACAAAAAGCCUUUUUUCUACCUCUUUCCAUGUAAUUCUUCAAGCUCUACUUGCUCUAACAGGAAUAGCCAGGAAUAAGUUUUCAGUUGUCCUUUGAAAACUUAAACUCCAGACCAAACCUUUAAUUGCAUCUUUUUAAAGGCCACUCAGUAAUGUUAAGCUAUGUAGUAAUGCAUUCAGAAAGGAUUCGAAAAUCUCUGCUGAGAGCAGCAUCUCUCAACUCGUAGACUGAACUGAACUGAGCAAGAAAUUGUGAUCUGUUCCUCUACAGAAAAACAUUCCACUUGCACCUUAAUAGAGCUGUCUGGGGAGGAAAAAAUGUUGUGGAGACCAGGAAAUUUGUUUAAGUGCUUUACCUGGAGGUCAGUGGAAUUCUGUUUAUAAAUGAUGAAAUUCUGCAUGCAGACAUUUUUAUGCUAAAAUUGUGUCAACUCAUAAAGUUUGAUAUUACUGUACUUUUUUGUGAAUAGUGAUUUUUUUUAAAGUGGUGAACAUAUUUUCCAAGAAUACUGUAUACAUUUGUAACAUGUAUGUUUGUGCCAAUAAAUCUUGCUUUAAGAAGA